AUGGAUGCACCUUUCCCCCCUUCCGAUGGAGCUCGAGCUCCUCUACCUUCAUCUUCCGGCCCGACCAGCAUCUCUUCGAUCCCCCGUCGUUCGUCCUACGCCUCCGUCCUGUCCGGCACCGCCCUGUCGCCCCCGAGCAACUUCUCGCAUCUCUUGCCCUCCGCCUCCACUUCAUCCUACCCCCCACCCAUUCAUCCCGAAGGCCGCCUGCUGAGGCACUCGGCCGCCGUGGAUGCAGACAUGCAGAUGAACAACUCCGCCUGGAGGACGUCGACCGGCGAUCCUCUUCCUCCUUACUCCCGCAAAUACGCCGGCUUCUCGUGCUUCGAUCCUUUUUUCCACAACCCGGGCGGCUUGUCCGAUCCCGCCGCCUCGUUCCUCACGCCCUCCUAUCUCCGCAACUCCCGCUACAUCGCCCGCCUCGAUGCUGCUCGACGAGCCAAACUGGCAUCCCAACGAGAUGCCGUCUGCUCCCCGUCCGCUCCCAAUAACCCUCUAUCCACAUCCUCGAGCCAGGGGAGCCUACCUCGGAUAGCACCCUCACACCGCGGCAUGACGUAUGAUAUCAUCGAGAGGGAACCGCCCGGUGACGACGACCACCUCUUGCCUCUGCCAUCCCGCUGGAGCGAUGGCGACAAAUAUGCCGGUCUGGAACUGACAAAUGGGGGGUUGGAGGUUCGAUACACGGGCCCCGUCAAUAAGCACGAGCACGAAGCCGCCGCCGUCCGUGCAGAUAAUCCGAUGCCCCCACAGUGUGGCAUCUACUAUUUUGAGAUAACGAUUCUCUCCAAACCGAAAGAAGGAAUGAUCGGAAUCGGGUUUUCAAGCCAUAAAGCAUCGGUUGAACGACUCCCCGGGUGGGAGCAAGAAUCGUGGGCUUAUCACGGCGAUGAUGGUAAAUCGUUCUUUGGCGAAAGCCAAGGGCAAGGAAAACAAUACGGCCCUACCUUCGGUGCUAACGAUACCGUGGGCUGCGGAGUGAACUUCGCGACCGGGUGUGCUUUCUUCACUAAGAACGGCGUCUUUCUCGGCAAUGCUUUCCGGGAACUGCAAAACGUCAAGGUAUACCCGUCGGUGGGAAUGAAGAAGCAACCCCCCGUGCAUUUGGCCGCAAACUUCGGUCAGCAACCGUUCAUGUUCGAUAUCGACGGCAUGGUCAAGGAAGAAAAAACCUCGAUCUACUCAGAUAUCCGUGCCAUCAAUACCGCCAACCUCCAGCCACCUUUGGACGAAUCCGCUUUGCUUCAAGAGCUCGUUGCGCAGUUCUUGGCUCACGACGGUUACGUGGAAACAGCUCGGGCAUUUGCUGAGGAGGUGGCGACGGAAUCGGCCGCCCUGGAGAACGGGCGUCAGGAGCCCCUCAAGAAGUACGAGGUGGAAGAGGACGUUGAAGCGGUCAAUCGGCAGAAAAUUCGAGCGGCUAUACUGGAGGGGGACAUCGACAAGGCCUUGAAGUAUACCAACGCCUAUUACGCGAAUGUCUUGCAGUCGUUUCCCCAUAUUCACUUUAAAUUACGAUGCCGGAAAUUCCUGGAAAUGAUGCGUCGCUGCCACGAGUUGUCCCUUGCGGCGUCCAAGAAGCCCAAGGCCUCCAACGGGGUGCAUGACAGCAGCGCCAUCGUUGACGAAGAGAUGGAACUCGACGAGCAAAACCACGACGGAGAUGGCUGGGAAGUGGACGGAAUGGACAUGGAGGAACCGGAGCACAACGCCAAAUCCAACAUCCUUCUCACCGAAGCGGUUCAAUACGGGCAGCAGCUGCGCUUGGACUACCCGAACGACGAGCGUGGAGGCGACAAGAAGAUGCUGGACGACAUCUUCUCAUUGGUGGCUUAUCAAGACCCGAAACGGUCGGUGCAUGGGCAUUACCUCGACCCUGCCGGGCGGAUUGCGGUCGCGGAGGAGUUGAACUCGGCCAUUUUAGCAACAGUGUCACUGGGCAAAUCGUCGUCGGCUGCUCUGGAGCGGCUAUACCAGCAGACCGAGGUUUUGAUCACCGAGAUCAGUGAAGAGGGCGGCGCCGGGGCGUUUAUCAACGUUCCCUGCAUUCCUACCCACUCGGCCACCACUCCGGCGGCCCUCCGCUGCUGCUGUGGCCGUAAUGACUGUGCAUUCCUUCAUCAUAAUAAUGUCGCCUUGGAGGGGCUGGAGAAGGACUUGGCCACUGCCGCUAGAUUGGGUCAGGCUUUACUCCAUCGCCAUGAGUCCUACAUGGCGGAGGCCGAGGAGGACCGUCAUCGGUUACUGGCCAACAUCGAAAGUCUCGAGCGCGAAAAGCGUCAGGCCCAGGCCGAGAACGCACGCAUCAUUGAAGAGAAUCGGGGCCUCCUGGAGCAGCUGGACGGCCUGAACCAGGCCGUGGCGGAUUCGGAUUCUCAUGCCAAGUCGCUGGCCGUCAGCUUGGAGAACGCCGAAGCUGAGCUUCGCAAGUUAACGGCCUCGGCUGCGCGUGCGGCCGAUCUCGAGGCGCAGUUGGCCCAGAUGGAGGUGGAACAGCUUAAACUGCAGGAAAGUCUGCUGUCUGCCCAGGAAGACUCCAAGUCGGCGAUUCAACGCUGGAAGAACGCCGAAUGCACUCUGCGAGACCUGCAUGACCAGGUCGAUCGGAUUGAAAAGGAGGCCCGCGAAGAGCGCGAUCGUCAUUCGGAUUUGGUUCAGCGCAUGGAGCGAAGACGGGCCGUGGAACGAGAACUCGACGGCGCUGCCGGACGGCUGAAGGGGGCGGCGGCAGCUCAAGAAUUGGGCCGUGACCACGGCGGAACGGUGGUGUCGCGCUUCGUGCGGGACAUCCUACAGGACAAUGCCAACUUGCAAAUGGGAAUCGUGGAGUUACGGGAGAUGCUCGAGAGCUCUAACCAGGAGGUACAAAGUCUGCGGGAUCAGAUUCUGUCACAUCAACCGCUGGCAUCGACAACGGAGGGUGACGAUGACGAGAGACCCCAGCAUGCAACGACAUUGAGUCAGGAACUUGAGUCGAAAGAGCCGCGCCGAGUGUCGCAAGAGUUUCAUAUCCAUCAUCACUACCAUACGCCGCCUGUAUCGGCCAGUUCAAAGAAGGACAAGGCCACGCUCUUCCGGCGUUCGAAGAAAAGGCGUUCGCUCGGCAGUCCUUCAGUCUUGCACUCGGCGUCUGGCACACAGCUGGCCCGCAAAUCAACGCACCGAUCUCAGUCCUCUACAUCCUCAACAUCGACUAUCUUAUCUCAAACCUCCGUCUCCAUCCCUCCAGGGCCCUCACAUCGAUGGUCUCUACAAUCGUCCACCGCAGAUUCACUGGCGAGCUCGCCGCAGUCGGCAUAUCGGUCUUCAUCUAUUUUUGACCGUGUGGAACGCGGCUUCUCGUCCCAAGCUACAAGCCCGGAGAGUACUGUGCUUCUGUCUCCUCUUAGAAAUUAUGGCUCCAAGAAUGGUCCGUUCGAUACGGGGCCUCGCCCACUGGAUGGGUCAGAAGGCGACGAUCAUUUGGAAGACGAUCUAUUCAACGAGUACAGCCUAGAUCUGGCACCACUCGAACCCGUCAUCCCCGAGGAACGAGAGGAUUCUUCGUCGUCGGUGCAGUAUGCGGAGUCUGAACGGGCUCGUUCGCCAGCACUUCCCGACGAAGCCUUCUCGACGCCAUAUCGGUCUCUGCGCCGCGCUGCCUCUCACGAGAGUCUCUUCUCGGUGGCAGGCAUGGACAUCCAUACCCCCAGCCGCCGUCCAUCACGCCUGAGCGAUCUGCCUUCCGCCGCCUUGCCCGUUCACAUGACACGCCGCAUCAUGUCGUACGGGUCCGACCGCUUCUCUACUACACCGGUGACCGCGACUACUACCGUCAAUGCCGGCCGCGAACCCUCCAGGGGCUCGGAGCAAUGUCCCCAGACGCUGUUGGCUUCGGUCGCUGCCAGCAGAAACCCAAUGCCGGAAACUCGGCCUGCUUCCCUGGACACUGUUCGCCCCGACUCUACCGCGCCCACGCCUGCUCGGAAAAUAUCCAUUGGUCGCCGUGUUGGCGGCUGGGUCCGAGGUCGCUGGGGCACCGCCCCUGUGGCGACCAACGGGGCCUUACAGCCCCACGCAGAGGAAAACGCGUCGUGUGCAUCCUCAAUGCGCUCAGAGUCCUCCAACCCGUCUUUAGGCCGCAAUUCACAGAACCUCAAAGCCGAGUCGGUUCCGAGUUUGCGGUUCCGGUAUCCAGGCGUCAACCAAAAGGGUCCGAUCAUGGGCUUCCGACCUUCUCCGCGAGCGCCAGCUGCUAUACAUGCCGAGCAAAUCGACGAGAACCUUCUGAGAGAGAGUCUAGCCGAAUGA